AUGGCCAAGUUCAUUGACGGCGGCCCCAAGGACUUCCUCGAGUGGACCUACCACUUCAACCAGCUGGCGAAGCUGAAACACUGGAACGCGGAGGACAAGUUCCUCAACACGACCAUCUUGCUCGAGGGCGACCUCCGCGAGGCAUUUGAAGAUGCGUCGAUCACCGACGACGACGUGCGCAUGGACGAGGAGUUCACUCGCGCACUGCGCAAGGCAUCGGUUGUCGUGCUGCCGACGGACUACAGCGAGAAGCUCCAGGAGGAGCUGUGGGAGAUCAAGAAGGCCCGCAAUGAAUUGCUGUCAGAGUACAGCAAGCGGUUCCGCGCCUUGGUGCGCAUGGAGCACACGCUCGCGCUGCUGAACGAGAACUCGCCGAUGUGCGAAGACGCGCUCUGUCGCCUCUACAAGCGCGGCCUCCCGUACGAGUGGCAGAACAAAUACGGUGCGAGCGGCCAGAUCUAUACUACCGUGGCCGCCCUCGUGCCAUUUUUCGAGCGCAUUGAGCAGGGCGAACAGCGACUGCACCGUACCAGCGGACAGGACAAGCGUAACUACGCCAACGAGAAUCCACGAGGUCACAGCCGUCGAAGCAACGGCAACCGUAACGGCAGCAAUCGCAAUAACAGCAGCAACAGCAACAACAAUCGGCAACAGUCCUGA